AUGUCUCAUCCACGCCAAGCCGCGCAACAUAUCCGCCUCUCCUCCGCUUCGCCUGAGCCAGAAGCUGAGCCCCCUAUCCCCGAGGAGGACUGUCUCUCUGCAUCGCUGCAGCCUCCGCUCACGACCGCCCCGCACCACCGCGAACCUCCGAAUUCUGCAGCAAUGCUCGCCGCUGCUGCCGCCGCGGCCGCAGCUGCCGACGAGACGAGCUCCGGCACCGAGGCCUCAGGCACGGUGGCUUCGAAGCCGAAGAGCGGCAAGCUUCUCCAGAGGAUCGAGCUGCCGCUCUGCGUCAUCCGCAACUGGUGGCGCGACAGGCGUCUCCAUCAGAUCCGCAGGAAGGAAUGUCCGCCGCCGGUUGCCUAUGUCGCUGAGAGCAACCAAGACGGACUUCCAGAAGAAGACCGCCGAAGGCUUAUCCAGCUUGUCAUCACCAACGAGCGCGUCGAAGUCACGGAGAACAAGGUCACCAGAAUCAGAGAGGACAACGUCAUACAAUAUGCGAUUGCCUCCUUCGACUUCAACUUCGAAGACAUAGAGCGGCCCGGAGCGCCUCCAUUCAUUCUCGUCAAUCACGCUCUUCUUCGUGAUUUGGGACUUGACGGCUUGUAUGAAGCGUACGACGAUCCGGAGAACCCUCCGGUCGUCCUGACAAACCCUGACGGUACCAAGAUGAAGCUUCUCGGAGAGCUCCGCGCGAAAUGGGGCGCCAAGGGGCCGAUCAAUGAAUACGCUGGCCAGCAGAUCUUCCUCAACCCGGCUCGUUUUCACCCGUCUCGGUGUGUGGUUCUUCCCGAGGCAAGCCCCUAUGACGUCCUCAUUGGCCUUGGCACCAUCAAAGAACUCAAGCUGAACGUGCCUUCGCCAGCAAUUGCUUCACUUGCUAGCCAGGGCCAAGGCCAGGGCGGUAAGCGUCACGUAGAGUCUCCCGUUAAUUCUGUUGAGGUAAACAACAAGAGACCAAUCUUGAAUGCUCAGAAAAGGACCCAGUCCCGCGAUCAGAGGAAGAUAGAGAAGCUAAUAGAAAAUGACAAGAAGACGAGGGAGCAGUAG